AUGAACGUAGCCGAAACCUAUGUUGCUCUUGCACUUGGUUUACUUGAUCCAUGCUCUCUACCACCAAUGGUCAUAUUUCUCUAUGACAACCAGCAAUGGUGUAGAGAUACUCGUCGUCUUGCGAUAGCGCGAGCGCUAGAGGAUAACGGCUAUCACAAUGUGUCUAAAGCGAUGCAAGUGAUUUAUGCAAACGAAAACAACGAACAGUAUCAGAAACAAUAUGAUAAUUUAAUAAACGAACGGAUACCUGCAAUGGAACGAAAGAAAUUUAACGGGAAAAACGUGAAAAUAUCUGAUAAAAAAGGUUCAACGUGUUGCUUCAAUAAUCAAUGUAUGAGCUUAUUCCGUGAUGACAUUAUUGAGCAUGUGGCUAUCGAGCACUUACAUAUCACACCUAACGAUUUAGUAAGUCUUGGCGAAUAUUAUUGUGAAGAAUGCGGGACGCUUACUCAACUUCAAUUGGUUAGAAAAGGCAGCAAAAAACAGCGCAAAUCUUAUACAAUCCAGCGGGAAUGUGGAUGUGGGGAUGAUCAGCGUAUUGAACUACCAUGGCAGCAAGUUAGUCUGUCUACAGUAUGCGAUGAACUACGCGAAUAUAAAGAAAAUCAACCAUGA